CUGACGUUUCUUUAUCCGAAUGGGACGCCUCUUUCUCAUCAGUCACCGUAGAACCCGAAACGUCGACGCCAAGAAAGGGGAGAAAAACUAAGAAGACAACCAAAAAAGCAAGUGAACCGACAAAGGAACAGCCCGUAUUUAAACCACCUUCUGUACCUGACCAGCUUUUUAAGUGCCCCGAGUGUGAGAAGCUAGUAAAAUCCAAGCAGGGUCUUGCAAGGCAUCUAUUAGCCCACAAGUGGAGAGCCCUUGCUGCCAAACAGCCCGCUCCAGCUGAUGUCCAAAAGCAUUGCGUCCAGUCUUGCAAGCCAGUGUUAGAGAGCAUCUCCAGCACAGCAUUUGCAGGAGAACAUGGGCAGCAACUCGUGGCAUAUGCAGAAAUUGUCAAGACCAAAAUGGACACCCCGGAAUGGUGCAAACUUCAAGGAAAGCUCUUCCAAGCUGUUGUGAAGGGUGUGAAUGUAGUGACAGUGAAGCAGAAGGGGGCAGCUUUUGCCUCAACUGCCAGAUUUUUUUCUCAAAAGUCUAUAGUGACAUUAAUUUCUGAUAGAGAGUUCCUCGAAGAUUGUGUGGACAUGUUAAUGGAUGUUGAACUGUGUGUAGUUCAAGUGGCGCAUGUCUUCAUUCUUGAUUUUUUGCGGAAGCUAAAUGACUGUGCUUUAACAUUUAUUUACCGUAGUAUGAGUGGAAGAUUGGGUGUUCAAGCUGAGCGUAUGUCAAGGUCCAAAGAUGACUUCAAUCACCUAUUCAACCAGAAAAGGCUUCAUUAUAUUGCUGGUUCGAGUGCCAAAAGCGUUGUGAGACAUGCUGAUCGUUACCCUCACAAUGGCAGAUUACAAAGGAGAAAGAAAUGUGUGCGUAAUAGACUUAGUGUAGCCGGUUCAUCAGUUGUAUCACAAGCCAACAAAGCAAGCCACUGGACAAAGCUAAUGAAUAGGAUGAAUCUCAUUUUUAGCCCGCCCUCCUGCUUUGAAAAAGCUAUUCAGCGGGCUUAUGCAAACGACCUCGUGUGUGUCUGUGUGUCUGUCUGUCUGUCUGUUCCACUAGAAGGAGAUGUGCUAGAGACUUCAAAUUUUCAGGGUAUCUUAAGGUCCACUCCUAGAGAACGAAACGCCUACGGCAAAUCCUGGCAACCAACCCUAAGGGGCUGAAAAGGGGUAUCAAAGAAAAGGAGGUAGGUCGAAAAAGUCAGAAAAAAAUAUUUUUUUUAUGAUCUCCUAAGGGGUAACUCGUCAAAGUAGAGCCCUAUGGGCGAAAAUUUUGUCCGUUUUGCUCUAUCGUCUACUGUUUAGGCGCUAGAGGGAGUUUCUCUCACAAAAGUUGCCCAAAAGUAAAUUUAUUAAUUUCCGAAAAUAUUGGAUGGUCUCUUAAGAGGCAACUUGUCAAAGUAGAGCCCUUUGGGCGAAAAUUUCGUCCGUUUGGCUCUGUCUCUAACCGUUUAGGCGCUAGAGGGUCUUGUAGUUUGACGAAAAAAAGUUAAAAAUUGCUGUAGUGAACAAUUAAAUGUAAAAGAAGGCCCAAAACCGCAAAAGAGGUAAGAAACUCCCUCCCCCCACCCCAAAAAACGUUUCCUUAGCAGAAGGGUGGGUUGUAGUCGCGGUGUUUCACCGUUACAUCCCUUUCUUGUUUCUACGGGGCAAA